AUGGUUGUACAAAAAGAGAGUAUGGAAGGCGAUUUCGAAGACAGUGUUGAAGAAAAAUUAAUUAAUGAAGAAUACAAAAUUUGGAAGAAAAAUUCACCGUUUUUAUAUGAUUUUGUUAUUACACAUGCGUUGGAGUGGCCAAGCUUAACAGCACAGUGGCUACCCAAUGUUCACUCGGCUGAAGGCCGUGAUUUUACUAUUCAUCGCCUUAUUCUUGGCACACACACAUCCGAUGAACAAAAUCAUUUGGUAAUUGCAAGUAUACAGUUACCGAAUGAAGAUGCUGAGUUAGAUGCCAGUCAUUAUGAUAAUGACAAAGCAGAAUUUGGUGGGUUUGGAUUAAUAACUGGACGGAUCGAAAUCGAUUUGAAAAUAAAUCACGAAGGUGAAGUGAAUCGGGCACGAUAUAUGCCACAAAAUCCAAAUAUUAUUGCCACAAAAACACCGAUGUCAGAUGUAUUGAUCUUCGAUGUCACCGCUCAUCCACUAGGAAAAGAACAACAAGGUGAAUGUAAUCCAGAAUUGAGACUUAAAGGUCAUACACGAGAGGGUUACGGAUUAUCAUGGAAUCAUCAUGUGAAUGGACAUUUAUUGAGUGCAGCGGAUGAUCAUACUGUUUGUUUAUGGAAUAUUAAUGAGCUGCCCAAAGAAGGAAAAAAUGUGGAUGCCUUAUCAAUAUAUAGCGGGCAUACUGCCGUGGUUGAGGAUGUUGCCUGGCAUUGUACGCAUCCGACAAUAUUUGGAUCUGUUGGUGAUGAUCAGAAAUUGAUGAUUUGGGAUACUCGUGCAAAUAAUUAUGUUAAAGCAAGUCACACUGUCGAUGCACAUGCAGCCGAAGUCAAUUGUUUAGCAUUUAAUCCAUUUUCUGAAUAUAUUCUUGUCACUGGUAGUGCAGAUAAAACACUGGCAUUAUGGGAUUUACGAAAUCUUAAAGUAAAACUUCAUCUUUUCGAAUCACAUAAAGAUGAAAUAUUUCAAGCUCAAUGGUCUCCACAAAAUGAAACCGUAUUAGCAUCAAGUGGAUCUGAUCGUCGACUUCAUAUUUGGGAUUUAAGUCGCAUUAAUCAAUCACAAACAGCUGCGGAAGCAGAAGACGGACCACCCGAACUUUUGUUUAUUCAUGGGGGACAUUCGGCGAAGAUAUCAGAUUUUUCUUGGAAUCCGAAUGAUCCAUUCGUUAUCUGUUCCGUUUCGGAAGAUAAUGUUAUGCAAGUAUGGCAAAUGGCCGAACAUAUCUAUAACGAUGAUAUUGGCAGAGAGCCAGAUAAAUCGGAAGCAAAUGGCUCGUGA